CUGGUUUAGAACAGAGUGAGAGAGACUCUGAGCAGGUCAUCAUUUUAUGGAGAGAGAAGAAUAAAUCUAAUUCAGAGGAAACACAGUUCCAGCUGUAACCUGUAGCAGGAAAUAUGGGCUCCAAAAUGAGUUCCUCUGGAGAACAGCACACAGAGAAACACCAGAGACCAACUAAACACAAGAGAUCAGACUCACCUGAACCCAGCUGUGUGUCUAUGAAGAGUGACCACUCAAUGGGGGAACCAAAUAACUUCAAAGAGACAGACAGGCCUUCUACUGUGAGACCAACUAAACGCAAGAGAUCAGACUCACCUGAACCCAGCUGUGUGUCCAUGAAGAGUGACCAGUCAAUGGGGGGGCAACUACAUAACAGGUCUCCUGCUGUGAGUAUCCAAAAGGAGAAAUUAAUAAUUACCAACAUGAAUCAUCUGGACUCCAUAUAUACGGAUCUGGAGCACAAAAUAAUUUCUCUGGUGAAGAAAGAGCUGAUGAGGUUCAAGAAGCUGCUGAGUGCAGAUUACCCAGCAUGCUCUGAGAGAGAGGUGGAGGAUGAGGAGGAUCAGAGCAGUUCCAGAGAGGGGGUGCUGAUGAUCACACUGAACAUGCUGUGGAACAUGAAGCAGACAGACCUCGCUAACACACUACAGAGCAAACUAGUCUCUGCGUAUCAGAAAAAACUCAAAUCUAAACUGAAGGAAAAAUUUAACAGAAUUAAUGAAGGAAUCUCACAGCAUGGAACAUCAACUCUUCUGAAUGAGAUCUACACAGAGCUCUACAUCACAGAGGGAGGGAGUGGAGAGAUCAAUAAUGAACAUGAGGUCAGACAGAUUGAGACAGCAUCCAGGAGACCAGCAACACAGGAGAAACCCAUAAAAUGCAAUGACCUCUUUAAAGACAAAUCCAUCAGAACUGUGCUGACUAAAGGAGUUGCUGGAAUUGGAAAAACAGUCUCUGUGCAGAAGUUCAUUCUGGACUGGGCUGAAGGAAAAGCAAAUCAGGAUGUCCACUUCAUAUUUCCACUUCCUUUUAGGGAGCUGAACUUGAUGAAAGAGAGACAGCUCAGUCUGAUGGAGCUUCUUUAUCAGUUUUUUCCAGAAAUAAAAGAAAUAAGAUCAAUACACUGUGAGGCUUACAAAGUCAUAUUCAUCUUUGAUGGUCUGGAUGAGUGUCGACUUCCUCUAGAUUUUCAGAACAAUGAGAGCUUGUGGGAUGUAACAGAUUCAGCCUCAGUUGAUGUGCUGCUGACAAACCUCAUCAAGGGGAAUCUGCUUCCAUCUGCUCUCCUCUGGAUAACCUCUCGACCAGCAGCAGCAAAUCAGAUCCCUCCUGAGUGUGUUGACCUGGUAACAGAGGUACGAGGGUUCAGUGACCCUCAGAAAGAGGAGUACUUCAGGAAGAGAGUCAGUGACCAGAGCCUGGCCAAUAAAAUCAUCUCACACAUGAAGUCCUCAAAAAGCCUCUACAUCAUGUGCCACAUCCCAGUCUUCUGUUGGAUUGCAGCCACUGUUCUAGAGAGAAUGUUGGGUGAAGCAGAGAGUGGAGAGAUCCCCAAGACUCUGACUCAAAUGUUCUCACACUUCCUGAUCUUUCAGAUCAAACACAGGAAUCAAAAGUACCAUGGGAAAUGUGACACUGAUCCUCAGCAGACUAGAGAGAUGAUUCUGGCUCUGGGAAAACUGGCUUUCCAACAGCUGGAAAAGGGCAAUCUGAUCUUCUAUGAGGAAGACCUGAGACAGUGUGGCAUUGAUGUCAGAGAAGUGUCAGUGUACUCAGGAGUUUGUACUCAGAUCUUCAGAGAGGAGUUUGGGCUGCACCUGGGGAAGGUGUUCAGCUUUGUGCACCUGAGUGUUCAGGAGUUUCUGGCUGCUUUAUAUGCAUUUCUGUCCUUUAUCAGCAAGGAUGAAAAAAAACAGCUGAACACUGAUCUCUCUUGUAUUUUCAGAGAGUCCAAAAUGUCAGACUUCCUCAAGGAUGUAGCGGACAAAGCCUUACAGAGUGAGAAUGGACACCUGGACCUUUUCCUCCGCUUCCUUCUGGGCCUCUCACUGGAGUCCAAUCAGACUCUCUUACAAGGCCUACUGACACAGACAGGAAGCAGCUCUCACAGCAAAAAGGAAACAGUCCAGUACAUCAAGGAGAAGAUCAGGGAGAAUCCCUCUCCAGAGAAAUCCAUCAAUCUGUUCCACUGUCUGAAUGAACUGAAUGAUCAUUCUCUAGUGCAGGAGGUUCAAACAUACCUGAACAGAGGAGGUUAUUACAGUUGUCUAAGUGGAGUCAGUCUCUCUCCUGCCCAGUGGUCAGCUCUGGUGUUUGUGUUGAUGAACUCAGAAGAGGAGCUGGAUAUAUUUGACCUGAGUAAAUACGACAGAUCAGAUGAAUGUCUUCUAAAGCUGCUACCAGUGAUCAAAGCCUCCAGAAGAGCUAAGCUUUUUAACUGUAAUCUCACAGAAAAAAGCUGUGCAGCUCUGUCCUCAGCUCUCAGCCCAAACUCCUCAAGUCUGAGAGAACUGGACCUGAGUUACAAUGACCUGCAGGAUUCAGGAGUGGAGCUGCUCUCUGCUGGACUACAGCAUCCACAUUGUAAACUGGAGAAAUUGAAGCUGUUUAACUGUAAUCUCUCUGUGAAAAGCUGUGCAUCUCUAUCUUCAGCUCUCAGCACAAACUCCUCCUGUCUGAGAGAACUGACCCUCAGUAACAAUGACCUGAAGGAUUCAGGAGUGGAGCUGCUCUCUGCUGGACUGAAGAAUCCACACUGUAAACUGGAGACACUGGAGCUGUAUGACUGUAAUCUCACAGAGAAAAGCUGUGCAUCUCUGUCCUCAGCUCUCAGCUCAAACUCCUCAAGUCUAAAAGAGCUGGACCUGAGUAACAAUAAACUGCUGCAGGAUUCAGGAGUGGAGCUGCUCUCUGCUGGACUGAAGAAUCCACACUGUAAACUGGAAAAACUGGAGCUGAAUGACUGCAGUAUUACAGAUGAAGGCUGUGCUGCUCUGGCUUCCGCUCUAAAAUCAAACCCCUCCUCUCUCCUAAGAGAGUUGAACCUGAACUACAAUAAACCAGGAGAGUCAGGAGUGAAGUUGCUCUCUGACCUACUGGAGGAUCCACAAUGUAAACUGAAGAAAAUACACAUCUGAACACCAUCCAGCUGAUCUGCUCUCACACACAGAGGGUUAUGAGGAGAGGAUGAAGUCUUAGUACAACACACACACUCAGUAUAUGGUUCUACAUGGUACUUUGUGUGUUUUGAUUCUUAUUGGUCAAAUCUGUAAACACAGCUGCAGCACAGGACUGUGUGAUCUUCCCAUGACAUCACUUCCUGUACACCAGUGACUGCACCUUCAGUGAUCUGUCACAUGUUGAACUGCUCAUGUUAGUGGAUGACCCAACAUUAGUGAUGAAAUGGUGUACAGGAGGGAGGAGCACCAGAUGUCAUGGUAACAACAUGAUCAACACACUUCAACAUGAACUCAUCCUUGUUAAAAUAGUGACUCCUUUUAACUCCUAAGUUGACAGAGUGUCUCAUGAGAGAAUGUUUUAUCCUACACUUACCACUAUACUCAAAUAAAAUAGUUGAUAAUUAGUUAAUUGAUAGACAGUUUAGUGCUUUCCUCCUAGAAACAUAAGAAUUCUUAAUUCAGGGAUUCCCCAUCUUUAUGUCCUGACUGAGGUGUGUCAGAGUAAGGACAAUGUGCAGAACAUGCCUCAAUUCAUUAUAAAGUAAGCAUUGAUUGUUUCUUUAUGAAAAGAUGUAUAAUGCUUGUUAAUCCUAAGAGAAAGUGGUAACCAGAGGUGUGGACUUGAGUCAUAUGACUUGGACUCAAGUCCUACUUGAGUCACAACUUUGAUGACUUGAGACUCGACAAAACCGAGAAAGACUUGCGACUCCACUUUGAUUCAAACACCAAUGAUUUUGACUUUGACCCAGACUUGGGGCUCAUGACUUGGAAAGACUCAAGACCUAAAAGUGGAAAAAACGUGGAGAGGCAUCUGACUGCAAACAGGACUCUACACAGUCAGUUACUUCUGUGAAUGGAUUCCUUUCCUGCCAGAAAUUUGAUGUACAGCAACGUCGUCAGAUGUCUGUUACUGUGUUUAUGCUCGGUUUAUUUUAUUUUGGACAACAAGAGAAGCAUUAGAGUUCAAGUUUGCCUCCAUAAGCUGGAAACAAAAGCAUCAAUGUGCCCUCACUCAGUGCUUAAACUCUGGAGGAACUCACCAGGCAAACUGACCAUUUUCCUCAUAGUAGCAAAACUAAAGUAACAGCUCUCUCUGUUCGACCGAUUUUAACAGCUUCAGUAGGUAAAACAAGCACAACAUUCACCACCAGGCUGAAGUUGAC